GCCCGCGGAUGACUAAAGGAGCAGAGGGACAAACAACCUGGCUCCUGAAAGACUACUAACCAGGGUUGGAGGCCUGCCUCCCCCGCGCGGCGCACGCACGCACGCAGAGGCGUGGGCAGACCCGCGGCAGCCGCGUCCUUCACGGGCCCGCGGCGGACCCGGCUGCCCCGGGUCGAGUGGGUGCGGGGAUCCGCGGGCGCACCCCUAGCGCCCCGCUGCGCUGUCACCUGGCAGGCACCACUGGUGUUGGAGUGGAAUCCGGCGGGCACCUUGCGCGUGCGCACGGCCACAGCUGCAUCAGCUGAGCUACUACUCCCUGCUCAGAACCUGAGGACAUGGGUGAUCCUGGGGCUGAUGAGUCAACCUCCAGGCCAGGGAGUUCAGACGAGGAAGGUGGCAGCUCUGAGGACAGACCAUUGCUCCAUCAGAGGCUGGCUGUCAGGGAGCUCCUGGACACCGAGGUCUCCUACUUGCACAUGCUCCAACUCUGUGCCUCCAACAUCAGGGGCCGCCUCCAGCAGCUGCCGCAGGGAGAUCUGGAUGUCCUGUUCUCAAACAUUGACGAAAUCAUCCAGGUGAGCAGCAGAUUUCUUCAUGGUCUGCAGGAGACGGCCUCCAAGGAAGAGGAGCAAGUGUAUUUAGUUGGUAAAUUAUUUUUGGAAUUCCAAGAAGAGUUUGAGCGAGUCUAUAAGGUCUAUUGUGCCAGCUAUGACCAAGCUCUGCUGCUGUUGGAGACAUACCGGAAGGAGCCAGAGCUGCAGCAGGAGAUCCAGAGCAUCAUUGAGGCAGUGGUGCCACAAGCGGGACCUUCAGGCCUCAGUUUCUUACUGGUAAUUCCUCUGCAGAGGAUUACCAGGUACCCACUGCUGCUGCAGAGAAUCCUGGAGAAUACACGCCCUGAUGCCAGUGCCUACCCCGUCCUACAGAGGGCUGCCUCUGCCCUCCAGGAUGUGAAUGCCAACAUCAACGAGCACAGGAUGCGCAAGGAAGUGGCCUCCAAGUACACCAGAGUGGAGCCGCUGAGCCUCCGGGAGCGGCUGGCCCGCAUCAACACGCACACCCUCUCCAAGAAGACUACCCGGCUGAGCCAGCUGCUGAAGCAGGAAGCAGGACUGGUGUCCAGGACAGAAGACAAAGAAUUUGAUGACCUAGAGGAGAGGUUCCAAUGGGUGUCCCUGUGUGUCACCGAGCUGAAGAACAAUGUGGCUGCUUACCUGGAUAAUCUGGAGGCUUUCCUCCGCUUCCGGCCGCAUGAAUGCGAUCUGGACAUCCCUGGAGGGUCUGUGGAGCAGUACAGCAACCUGGCCAGAGACCUUCAACGCGAGGCCUUCCUGGAGUUUAAGCAGCGGCUGGAAAGCCUGGUGUGGAGGCCACUGUGCAGCUUGGCCAAAGCCCUGGUUGGCCCUCAGAACUUGAUCAAGAAGCGUCUGGAUAAACUACUGGACUUUGAGCGGGUAGAAGAGAAGCUGCUGGAAGUGGGCAGUGUGACCUACGAGGAGGAGGCGGCCCGGCACACCUACCAGGCACUCAACUCCCUGCUGGUGGCCGAGCUCCCGCAGUUUAACCAACUGGUUAUGCAGUGGCUGGGCCAGAUCCUGCGCACAUUUGUGGCCCUCCAGAAGGACCUUGCAGAGCAAGUGCUGCAGAGAGCAGAAGGCUGUGUGGCCCAGCUGCCCCACCACCACCUCUCUGAGCCAGCCUUCAGGAAGCUGGUGGAAGACACACUAGGCCAGACCGGUAACCAGCUUCACGUCUAUCGAGAGAACUUUGAGAAAGUGCUGCCACCUCCCACUGCCCAGCCACUCCUUCCAGGCUCUGAACGGCAGGUGCAGGCUCUCCUCAGCAGGUAUGGCCCCGGGAAGCUAUACCAGGUGACAAGCAACAUCAGUGGGACUGGGACUCUGGACCUGACCCUGCCACGGGGCCAAAUUGUGGCCCUCCUUCAGAACAAGGACACCAAGGGCAACAGCAACCGCUGGCUGGUGGACACUGGGGGACAUCGGGGCUAUGUUCCUGCUGGCAAACUGCAGCUGUACCAUGUUGUCCCCAGUGAGAAGGAGCUCAGAGGACAGGCAGGGCCACACCAGGACUCCCAGCAUCCGACACCAGAGCCCCCUUCAGCCCCUGUGUGCUCCGUCCCAGCUGUGACCCAGGUGGUAGCAGUGUACCCCUUUGCGGCCAGGAGCAGCCACGAAGUGAGUCUGCAGGCAGGCCAGCCUGUGACCGUCUUGGAGGCCCAGGACAAGAAGGGGAACCCAGAAUGGAGCCUGGUGGAAGUGAAUGGGCAGAGGGGAUAUGUGCCUUCCAGCUUCCUGGCCAGGGCUCCAAGUCCAGCUCCAUGGGGCUGGACUCUGCCCUCUUAGGGUGCCCUCUGCCAUGUUGUCAAGGGAUGGGAAAUGUUUAGAGGCUGUGAUCGUGGUGGGAAAAGAAGCAAAGAAAAUGCAGAGGUGGAAGAGCUCAGGCCAGGAUGAGUAAAGGACAUCUAGAAGGCAGCAGGGAGAAGUGGCUGAGCCUGGCAGAGUGCCAGGUGGGGUGACCACCAAAGGCCCCAGCCAGGAUCCGUCUGUGUCUACUUUAAGAAGCCGUGCCAACCUGCAGUCACAACUUCCUAGAUGGCAGGUCAUGGCUGAUUGACCAGGACUUGCCAUAGCUUGUGAUGAGUCUUACCUUUGCUUCCGUCCAGGCCUGCCCACAAAGGUGGGCCACCAGGUCAGUGUUACCUGAGUGCCAUGUGGCUGUAGGGAGGGAGCCCUGGAGAAGUCCAGAGCUGCCUGGCCUGACGGUUCCAGCAUGUAUCAGGGGUUGACCAGUUGUCUUUUGUUUCUCCAUGCUGUGAGCUGAGCUUUCUGGGACAGUGAACCACUUGGAAGUCCUCUCAGGUGGGAGCCAUGCGUUUAUCUGGCCAAUGGAGAGGUUCCCAGGAGACUCUUGGCUGGACCCUGGAGGAGAUGUGACCAAGUCACAGUUCUGGAAUGUGUGUAGGCAAAUUCAGGAAUGGUUCCCAGGAAGUGGGGAUUUUGACAGCAUGUUAGGUGGGGUGUGUGAGGCUGUUGACAGCAGUGUACAACCUUGUUUUCUCUGCACUCCGGGACAAAGGGACAUGCAAAUCAUUGCAGAAACUCUGUGAGGUAGGUGAUUACAGACCUUGUGGGUGGGGGUGAGGUAAUGACUUGGUUUCCCGUUUCUAGGUGGAGGAGCCCUGGAACCCCCAUGCUCUGAGGCCCUGGAGGCAGCAGUGGGUGGGAGGUGAGCUGGCUGUGGGACUUAGACAUGGGACACAACUUCAGCUUCCCACCCAGAAUGACUUAACUCACACAGCUGUGAGAGUGACAUGAAGCUCAGGAUGUUGAGGCUCCUUGUCAACCCUGAAGGGUGAUACCAGGGCAAAUGCCAUCAGUGGUGUGAGGUGGCCCCAGCCAUUGCUGGCCCAGGUUGGUUGUCCCAUGCAUCCCAUGCCCAGCCCAUGGCAGCAGACAUGGCUGAUGACAUAGUGUUCUUUCCUUCAACCCAGUACCUAUCUUGAGGUCCUUCUCAGUAGUCAUGCAGGGAUUAACAAUAGGAAGACCUUCUGAGAAAUGCACUGGAGAGUUUGUGGUGCAGAUGUCACAUACCUGCAUAAACUAACAGGCUAUGCCAGUACUAGGAGAUAUAAUCUUAUAGGACCACUGUCAUACACAGUUCAUAGUUGACAUCUUGCGGCCCACAACUGAAUUACAUGGUGAAUAAGUCAUCCCUUUCUCAAACCUGGGAAUUGAAUCCCCUUGGCAACAUUUCUGCUCCAAGAAGCCUGACCUGCUGGGUAGUGCUGGGGGCAGCCAUUGAAGGGGCAUUACCUCUGGGCUGAUGCUUCGGGCUAAGAGUCACUGUAAGAUUUGCAGAAAGGGGGCAAGCAGAUCCGUUGUGAUCUUCAUACACCUUGCAAGUUUAGAACUGACCCUUAUGAGAGUGUAUAUAAAACACAGUUUAAGCCAGGUGCAGGGGUGCACACCUGUAAUCCCAGCAGUUUGGGAGGCUGAGGCAGGAGGAUCUUGAAUUCAAAGCCAGCCUCAGCAACUUAGCAAGACCCUAAGCAACUCAAUGAAUAAAAUACAAAAAGAGGAGUGGGGAUGUGGCUCAGAGGUUAAGCACCCCUGAGUUCAAUCCCCAGUACCAAAAAACAAAAACAAAAGAAAAACCACACAGUUUAGAUAUAUUUCCAAGAAUGCAUCAGUAAUAUACACAGAGUGCCUAAUGCUGUUAGCCCUGUUCUAGAAGGCUCUUGAGAAAUACCUGCUUGUCUGUGUCAGACAAGCUGUAAUGUGCCUCCUCUGGGCUUGUUAAAGCAUGAAGACUGCAUAAUGCAAGAAAAGCUCAGUCUCCACAAUCCAUUUCCCAGCCCCAAAUACACUUGCAGCAUUUUCCUUUUCUUUUUCCUACUCAGACUUCUGAUAAAAAUUGGAAUCCUAGAGAAACAGAUAAUAAAGUAGGAAAUCCACUUGUGGGUUCCUCAGGAACUUGCUGACAGCCUGCUGUGUGCUGUUAGCCUAACUCAGGGCUUCUCAGCAUGGUUGCUCUCUCUGGCUACGUGGGCAGCUUUAAAUCAUGAUACAAGCCAGGAGCCCACCCAGAGAGGCUCAUGUGACUGACCUGGGGUGUGGCCCAGGCCUCAGCACUGCAGGAAGCCCCUCAGGUGCAUCUUAUGUGCAGCCAGGUUGAGGACCCCUGCCUGGACACACAGUGGUAGACAUAGCCCUGGGUCAGAGGUGGGAUGGGGUGAGGUAGGAGGUGCCCCAUCUGAGCUUUGUACUAGCUGUUUAAACAGGCAGCUUUAGAGGCGGUUUGAAAUAGGACAGCCUGUUCUGUCAGGUCCCAGAAUGUAUAUUUAUUAAGUGCCAUUAAAAGGGACUGAAACAAAAUUGGAUGUUCUUGUAGGCAUAAGGGAGAAAAAUGAAAUAUGCUUGGAACCAAGGCUAUCUCAUGAAGGGAAAAUAAAAUGUGUUCAGUAGCAUGUGGGUUAUGGUUUCUCAUGGGCCAGUGGAUGAGAUUAAAAGUCACUGAAGAGUGAGAAAAUGCAUAUCGAGAAGAUGGAAAAUGGCCUAUAUUUUCUCCAGGGGACUCUGUAAUGUGCCUUCUUUACCCCCAGAUGCCUAGAACCCAUUGCACUGUGUCUUAUUUCACUGUUGGGCUAUCACGUGCUAACUUGCUAAGAUACUGCUUCCAGGAGUUGAAGACUUAUUCACAAGGGUAACCUUUGCUCCCUGUAGGGGACUGAGGCCUCUUUAACCCUUUGGACUCCAACUCAGUUUUGAACAUGAACAUAAGAUUGCAGUAGCCAAGGGCUGGGAUGUAGCUCAGUGGUAGAGCACUUGCCUAGCAUGUGUGAGGUCCUGGAUUUAUUUUCCAGCACUGAAAAAAAAUAAAAAGAUUGCAAUAUCCAAGGAAAGAUGAAUGAAUUCUUGUUUGAUGUGAGGAGCACUAGCUCAGUGAGUAACUGAUAUGAACUGCUGGAAAUAAAAGACUUCAAAGAUGACAGUGUGUCUGGAAUUUGUGACUUGAACCAUUGGGUAGUCAGCUACCCCACUGGGCCAUAUGCUCACUGGACACUUGGUAGAUAUGGCAACUUCUUUGUCCACGUGUUCAUGUGAAUGUCUGCUGAACAGCCUUGGUCCCUCCAAGAAUCGAACACCGAUGCUGGAAAUACAGCAUGAAGUCAGACAGCUGGGGUCCUGUCCUUCCAGAGCCCACAAUCUGAGGGAGACAGACCAGUCAGUAGUCAGGUACACAAACGUAAGGGUCAGGAUAGGGCAGUAAUAGGCGCUCAAGGUAGGAGGUGGCCUCUGAUUCAGACUUGGUCCUAAUAGGCCUCCUGGAAGGAGUGUUAUCCAAAAGGAGGUUCAGCAGGCACCUAGGGUUAGGUGAAGGUGGUCAGAAGGGCACAUGGAAAGGCCAGAGGUGAUGGUGGUGAUGGCAGGUGCCAGAGAACUGGAGCACAGGCAUCGGCACAAUGUGGGUCAGCCUGGUAAGGGGCUUCAGGUUUUAUUCUGAGGGCAGUGGGGAAGGGCUUGAAGCAGAAGAGUGGUGUCCUGAGAAUUUCAUUUUGGGAAGAUCACUAGGCUCUGGCUGUAUAUCUGAUGUGCCCACAGGAGACUGGCCACUCCAUUAGGACAA